CCACUUCAUAAGACAGUUUCAUUGUUUAUCAAGGACCUACCUGCUACCACUACGGUCAAGGAGGUUGAAGACAUCUGCAAGAACUACCCUGGCUACAUGCGCCUGGUCCUUCAGGACCCCAUGCCACCGCACUUCACAAGAAGAGGCUGGGUGACCUUUCAACCUUGGGUGAAUGUCAAAGACGUGUGCUGGAGUCUCAUUGGUCAUAAGGUUUGUCGGGUCUAUGUGCCCCGAUUGGCUGAAUUUAGCUUUGUUGUUUUGAUUUAUUUAUAA